AUGUCAAACAAGAAAAUUGAACAAUGGGAGAUUGAACGAUACUGGGAGAUCUUCGCAUCGCUGUCCAAUGGGCAACCCCGUCUCAACAACUCCCAAGCUGCCUCGGUGCUCAGAAACAGUCGGCUUCGCGAUGAACAACUAGAGAAGGUCUGGGACUUGGCUGAUGUUGAUGGCGAUGGCGAGCUGGACUUUGAAGAGUUCUGCGUUGCAAUGCGCCUGGUAUUCGAUCUGGUCAACGGGGAACUGCAAUCCGUCCCGCAACACCUGCCCGACUGGCUUGUCCCUGAAUCCAAAGCUCAUUUGGUCCAAGCAACCCGUGUCCUAAGCACCGGGUCGGAGCAAUUCGAGCGGAUAGAAGACGAAGACGAUACUCCCGGAUUGAAGGACGGCUUCGACUGGUAUAUGAACCCCUCCGACAAAGCAAAGUACGAAGAAAUCUACUCCGCCAACAAGAACCAGCGCGGUGAAAUCUCCUUUGGCUCUCUCCAGCCCCUUUACGACUCGCUCGAUGUUCCAGACACGGACAUCCGCUCCGCAUGGAACCUGGUGAACCCCUCCGCCUCCCCCGAAAUCAAUAAAGACGCCACCCUUGCGUUCUUACAUAUUCUAAAUUACCGACAUGAGGGGUACCGCAUCCCGCGCACCAUCCCCGCUUCGCUCCGAGCCUCGUUCGAGAACAACAAAAUCGACUACCAGGUGGACAAUGCUCGGCCUGCACAGCGAUGGGGCCCGAACGGGGACACCGAGACCCCCACCGGCCGGAAAGCGAAGUUUGGAGAUACCUACCUGAGCCGACUGGGUGUGGGUGGAAAGGCUUCUUACACUCCCAAGGGAACGGACUUCAACAACACCAUCCAGGAUGAAGAAUGGGAAAAGGUUCGGCUGAGGCGCGAGUUGGCGGAGCUGGAGGCCAAGCUAGACUCUGCCAAGAAGGCUUCGGAAGGACGGAGGGAUCAGCCCAGGAACGAUGGAAGACCUAGCUGGGUUCUCGUCAAGAAAGAAGCUCUCCAGUUGCUCGACUACAAGGAGCGCGAGCUCCGGGAGCUGAGAGAAGGCACAGGAAGAUCCAAAGACGGCCAAGACUUGGAGCGAAUCAGGGAAGACAUCAGGACGGUUGGGGAACAAGUGGACGGGUUGAAGAGCCAUCUUGCUCGCCGGAACGAGUACCUCCAUGAUCUACGGAGACAGGUCGAGGAAGAGAAACUGUCUCGGUAG